AUGUGGAUAACAGCGAUAAGAAAGCUUAACAGAGCGAGAGAUAUGAAAAUUUUCGACAACUGUCAAUCAGUUAGUGCCGGUCAAUCAUUCAUUAAACUCUGAUACCGUUAACCACACCAUGGCUUCAACAUCUUCAUCUACAUCAAACGAAGAAAAAGACACACUGAUUUUUGCUCACGUUUUAUUCCGUCACGGUGCGCGUAAUAUUGUGGCUCCAUAUCCAACUGAUCCAUUCAAGGAUGAAAGUCAUUGGCCAGAAGGAUUCGGACAGUUAACCAAUGUGGGUAAACGACAGCUAUACAGACUGGGACUAUAUUUGCGCAGACGCUACGAUAACCUCAUCGACGAGAAGUAUUCGUACAAGGACAUACAUGUUCAAUCAACUGAUUUUUGCAGAACCAUAAUGAGUGCUCAGGCUUGCUUAGCCGGGUUAUAUAGACCGUCCGAAGAGGACAAACUUGACGAGGACAUCAACUGGCAGCCGAUUCCUGUUCAUACAAUUCCAACGCAUUUGGAUCAUGUGUUGGUCACAGGCAAAAAAUGCCCGAGAUUUCAACGUGCUCACGUAAACUACCUUCAAAAUACGUCGAUGAUGAAAGAUGUCCUUUCUGAGUAUAAGCCUCUGUUUGCGCAUUGGUCCCAACAUAGUGGAAUGAAUAUUCAAUCAAUUGAUUCGGUUAACCUACUAUACAACACACUCAGCAUUGAACAGGAACAGAACAAGCCAUUACCGACAUGGGCUGAAAGGGCUUUGCGGCCGGACAGUCCUAUGAACUACAUUGCAAAUCUGUACUUUCAAUCGUAUGCCGCCACACCCGAACUGGCCAGAUUGAAGCAAGGAUUUUUGAUCAAGGAGAUCAUGGAACGAUUUUCGAAAAAAAUUCAUUCAACUUUAAAACCGGACCGGAAACUGUGGCUGUAUUCUGCUCAUGAUCUUACCAUUAUUAACGUACUCAACUCGCUUGGACUAUUCGAGGUAUUCAAGUUUGCUUUCGAUCAGCCGCAUUUCCCACCAUACGGAGCCAGUUUGCACUUUGAACUCUUCAGAACGAGCAAAGGCGAGCACUAUUUCAAGAUUUUUUACAGAAAAGCGGAAGAGGAAUAUCCGGAUCCGAUAAGUAUACCGGGAUGCGGUGAAAGUUGUACGCUAAAGCAAUUCUACGAUUUGUAUAGUCAAAUUAUUCCCGGCGAUUUCGAGAGGGAGUGCUGGCUCCCCGCAUAAAUUGACGAACAA